GUUCGGGAGUAAAGGCAACAACUUUUCAAUGAUCAAAAAAGGUUGGCAUACAUUUCCAAUAAACCAUAAAAUACCAACAUAUGGGAUCGUUGAUUGCGACCAAUACCUGCCAUUCUGGGUGAGCUGGUCAAAAAGUGGUUCAAACUUGACGAUCUCUGCAGGAAAAGGCAUGCGCGUAGGUUUUAAUCAGUUCAUACAAUGGACGGAUACGUCAAACAUAUGGGACGUCAAACACGUGGGGAUAAAAAGUUACUAUAAUGCAAUUGCGAACUGGAGAUUCUAUACCACAAGGGCCCAUGAAGAUUUCCACAACGUUACUGGGCCGUACUAUAUCCAAUCCCACAACUACCCAAUAUACGAAUGGGGAAUCAAUGCUAAAAAUGAACUGUGCUUCGUUAAAGAAGGAGACAUAUUCUUCAUGGUGCAACCAGGCAUCGCAUUCCAGAAUGAGACUGUCUCAUUUCAGUUGUCUAGCAAGAAUGGCAACAAUUCGAGACACUAUCUUCAUUUGGAACAUCCCGAUGAAUUUGCACUGGGCUCGACAUUCAG